AUGCUAGCUACUUACUAUGAUCUGUCUCUGAAUGGAUUCAAGGCCCCCUCGAAGGGUGCGCGGGGAGAGGCGGCGGCAGGCGCGGGUUGCGUCACCGCGCUCUCCGGAGCGCCUCGAAUAUUUGACGGCGCCCCUCAAAAAUUAAGCGGUGCGGCUCAAAAAUCGGGCAGCGCGGCUCAAGAAGUGGGCGGCGCAGCUCAUAAAAUCGGCCGGCGCGGCUUAAAGAUCGGGCGGCGCGGCUCAAAAAUCGGCCGGCGUGGCUCAAAAAAAUCGGCCGGCGUGGCUCAAAAAUUGGGCGGCGAGCUUGUGGAUGAGCACGCAGAGACGGAGCAAGAUGAAAAGUUGUUGGAGCGUGUAAAAGUUUUGGUACAAGAGCAUCUUCCAACCACCCGUUGGACUCGCUGGGAGGUUUCCACCGCCACGAGAGAAGACGUUUCUGGAGAAAAGCUCGAAUCAAAUGUGCUAAACAAGCUCAUAUUUGCCUUGCCUACUGUUGGCUUAGUCUGGGAUUUCAUACCAGAGGCGGAUCGUCUAACGGAGAAGGGAUAUAGAGUGCAAACUGUUAGAUUGGGCGUUCACUCAGGCCCUCAUUCUAGGUCCGGCAGCCGUGGCAAACCGCAUCCGAGCCUCAGCAGUACGCAC